CACCAAUCGUCUUCCACCACACAACUGCAAGCGCAUACACAAACGCAAUGGCUGUCGAAGAUACCAAGGGCAAGAAGCGCAAGGGCGCGCCAGAUGCUGCACCCAAGGCGAAGAAGGCUAGAAAGUCCGAUGAUGCUGUUACUUCCACAAAACCUGCCAAGUCGCCAAAAGCCGUCAAGACUGCUCCUGCUCCUGUCGAGUCCAAAGCUCCUAAGACUAAGGCUGCCCGCAAGCAAGCUGCCGACUUCAUGUCUGAAGACGAUGCGCCUGCUCCCGAGUCCGCGAAGGCUACUAAGGGCAAGAAGAAGGCCAAGGUCACUGUCGAGGUCAACGGCGACGAGUCUGAGUCUAUUGCCGUGAAGGUCGACGUCCCGGUGGCACAAGAAAAGCCAAAGAAAGGAAAGAAAGCCAAGGUCAUCGAAGUAGAAGUACACGAGGCGCCUGCACCAGAGCCUGAGGCGCCAAAGGAGAAGACCAAGAAAGCAAAGAAGAGCAAGCAAGUUGAUCCUGCGCCUGUCGAGGAAGACGUCACAGUCGAAGCCGAGGCCAAAGUCCCAAGCAAAAAGUCAAAGAAGACAAAGGGCGGUAAGAAACAACAAGAAGAGCCCGAGGAAGAGCUUCAGGAAGAGAUAUCUGAAGUCACUCCGGUGUCAGAAGACGUGGAUGACGAAGCUGAAGUGGAUGAUCAGACCGCCGCUCUGCUCGCUGGCUUCGAUAGCGACGAAGACGAUGAUACAGACCCAGAGGAUGACCUGAACUUUGACGAAGAUGCAACUGUCCCCACACUCAACAGGAAGGCAAGAAAAGCCGCCGAAAGAGCUGCGUUUACCGCCCGGAACAAUCAGCCCGGUGUUGUUUACGUCAGUCGCGUUCCACGUGGGUUCUUCGAGCCUCAGAUGAAAAAGUACUUCUCUCAGUUUGGCAGAGUCAACCGUCUCCGCCUUUCGCGCAACAAGAAGACCGGUGCCUCAAAACACUACGCCUUCAUCGAGUUUGCGUCCACAGAGGUUGCAGAUAUUGUUGCCAGGACUAUGGACAACUACCUACUGUUUGGGCAUAUCCUCAAGUGCAAGCUCGUCCCAGAAGAGCAAGUUCAUCCUGAUCUCUUCAAGGGUGCUGGCCAGAGGUUCAAGGUCGACCCUAAGAACAAGAAGGCUGGGUUGGAGAUGGCACGCGGUGUUGAGCGAGCCCAGUGGGAGAAACGCGUCACCAACGAGAACCAGCGGAGAUCGGGGAGAAACAAGCAGCUGAAAGAGGACUUCGGUUACGAGUACAACGCUCCCGCGCUCAAGGCUGUCGAGGAUGUCCCCAAGCAGGCGACUGGUCUGGAGAACGGUGAACCUCAGCAGGUGUUGACUGAGGCGCCUGUAGAGGAGACCCCCGCCGCCGAGCAACCCAAGGCGAAGAAGGGAAAGAAGGCCGCCAAGGCUCAAGAAGAGGUCGCACCCACAGAAGCCGCCCCGGUUCAGCCUGCUGCCGAGAAGAACACCAAGAAAGACAAGAAGCGUAAAUCAGAUGUCGUAGCCGAGGAGGUUAGUGCCGUCGAGGUAGUAGUCGCUCCCGCCGAGACAACACCCAAAGCCAAGAAGGCCAAGAAGUCAGCAAAGCCUGAGCCUAUCGUGGAAGACGUUCCUGCUGCACCGGUCGAGGACAAGAAGCCCAAAGCCGCUGCUGCCAAACCGAAGAAGGCGAAGAAGGCCAAGGCUUGAAGCGUCGACAUCAAAGUGUAUGCUUCCACCCAAGGGGCAUUUUCUGUUUGAGUUCAAAUGAGUGACAACCUUUCCCGUUUCAGCGACGAAGAAACGAUAUCCGUUUCAACCCCGGCGAGCCGUCAUUUUCAUAGCGAUUGCAAUGAAGGAUCAACGAUGUAUCAUAGGCAUGACAAGCGUGGUUACUUGAAUAUUUUUCUUCUACGACGUCCAGGGCACUAGGCGCGUUUCUUCUCGAGCUUACUGUCCAUGCUGCAGAGGAUACCAUGACCAUACAAUCAAAAGCAACUCCUGUUCCAC